UGUAGCGGUUCAUCCAUGUCUCCGGCUCUGCUCACAUCAGUCGUACUGUCGGAGGACUUUCUCCCGUUUUACCUCAGUGUGGUGCCUCGGUUGGUCGGGAUGGGUUUCGUAAGUAUUGUUAGCAGACACAACUAGCCGGCGCUACACCCAAAAAAUGUCCAACAUCCUCGAUGCGGCGUCCAAAGUGAGAUGGGACCGCACGACUGCGGCGAAGCGAGCCGUGUUUCUUGCGGCUGCUGCCUACGGUGUGAAAACGCUGUACCCCAUCAUCUGCAAGCAGAUCGGCAAAAGGAAAGAUUGCAGGAAUAAUACACGGACUCCGAAAGCGGAAAACGGCUCUACGUGUUUGGUUAAGUCGCAGAUUGACGGAGUGGACCACAAGAAAACAUCCCCGGGUGUAAAUGCGGAAUUUUUCAAGCAGAUUCUUGAACUUGGUAAAAUCCUCUUCCCCAAGCUUGUGUCCAGGGAGCUCGGCUUGCUCUCCGUGCACUCCGUGGCGCUGAUAUCCAGGACGUUUCUGUCUAUUUACGUCGCCAGCUUGGAUGGCAAGAUUGUCAAAACGAUUGUGGAGAAGAAGCCCAGGAGGUUUAUCAUCCAGCUGAUGAAAUGGCUCCUCAUUGCCAUCCCGGCCACGUUCGUCAACAGCGCCAUCCGGUACCUGGAGUGCAAGCUAGCCCUGGCCUUCCGCACCCGACUGGUGGACCAUGCGUACCGGACCUACUUCACCGACCAGACCUACUAUAAGGUCAGCAACAUGGACGGCAGGCUGGCCAACCCGGACCAGUCCCUCACCGAGGAUGUGAUGAUGUUCUCCCAGUCUGUGGCCCACCUCUACUCCAACCUCACCAAGCCCAUCCUGGACGUGAUGCUCACCUCCUACACGCUGAUCCAGACCGCACGGUCCAGGGGGGCCAACGCCACCGGGCCCACCCUCCUGGCCGGGCUGGUGGUCUUCGCCACGGCCAAAGUCCUCCGGGCCUGUUCGCCCAGGUUUGGCAAGCUGGUGGCCGAGGAGGCCCACAGGAAAGGCUACCUUCGCUAUGUGCACUCCAGGAUCAUUGCUAAUGCUGAGGAAAUAGCUUUCUACAGGGGACAUAAGGUUGAGAUGCGGCAGCUGCAGAAGUGCUACCGGGCUCUGGCAAACCAGAUGAACCUGAUCCUGUCCAAGCGCCUGUGGUACAUCAUGAUCGAGCAGUUCCUCAUGAAGUACGUGUGGAGCGGCAGUGGGCUGGUCAUGGUGGCUGUGCCUAUCAUCACAGCCACAGGCUACGCUGACAACGAAACAGCAGACGGUCAGCCGCAGGUGAUGGUUAGUGACAGGACGGAGGCUUUCACCACCGCCCGCAACCUCUUGGCCUCAGGGGCCGACGCCAUUGAGAGGAUCAUGUCCUCCUACAAAGAGGUCACAGAGCUGGCAGGCUACACGGCGCGGGUCCACAACAUGUUCUUGGUGUUCGAGGAGGUCCAGAGGGGCAUUUACAAGCGCUCCUCUGUGUCGACCACAACCGGAGAGAAGAAGAGCAAACCAGAGAUGCACAUAGACGGGCCGCUGGAGAUCAGGGGUGAAGUGAUCGAUGUGGACAAGGGCAUCGUGUGUGAGAGCGUCCCAAUCAUCACACCCAAUGGAGAUGUGGUCGUGUCCCGCCUGAACUUUAAGGUGGAGGAGGGCAUGCACCUGCUGAUCACAGGGCCCAACGGCUGUGGGAAAAGCUCUCUCUUCAGGAUCCUCAGCGGCCUGUGGCCCGUCUACGGCGGCCGGCUGCACAAACCCUCACCUCAGCACAUGUUCUACAUCCCGCAGAGGCCCUACAUGUCCAUCGGCUCACUGCGAGACCAGGUCAUCUACCCCGACUCGGUGGAGGACAUGGCCGCCAGAGGCCUGAGCGACAAAGACCUGGAGGCCAUCUUGGAUAUCGUCAACCUCAACCACAUCGUCACCAGGGAGGGAGGCUGGGACGCCGAGCUGGACUGGAAGGACGUCCUGUCAGGAGGCGAGAAGCAGAGGAUGGGCAUGGCCCGCAUGUUCUACCACAAACCUAAAUAUGCCCUGUUAGAUGAGUGCACCAGCGCUGUGAGCAUCGACGUGGAGGGGAAGAUCUUCCAGGCUGCCAAGGAUGCUGGAAUCUCCCUGCUCUCCAUUACGCACAGACCCUCGCUCUGGAAGUACCACACCCACCUGCUGCAGUUCGACGGCGAGGGAGGCUGGCGCUUCGAGCAGCUGGACACGGCAACGCGCCUCUCCCUCACCGAGGAGAAGCAGCGGCUGGAGGCCCAGCUGGCCGGCAUCCCCGAGAUGCAGCACCGCCUCAAUGAACUGUGCAAGAUCCUGGGAGAGGACUCGGUUCUCAAAACAGCCGAGGAGUGAAAGAGAGGAGGGAGAGGAGCGGGGGAGAGGGAGAGGAGAGGAGUGGGAAGCC